CCUCCUUCCUCGUCUUCCCAACGCUACUUUUCUUCUGCGGAUUUCUCGCCGGCGGCGUGCUUCGAGUGCAGCGUCACGUCUCUUCCUAUUAUUAGUGUGUGAAGAGGCAGCAGAAGGAUUCAGAGCCUUUACAGUUUUCUCUCUCGGCCUCGUUAGGAAACGCUAUGGAAGGGGAAAUGGAAGUGGUAUUGGAGGGUGAAAAAGAUUUUCGCUGUUCUGAGUUUGAUGUUGAUUACGAGUUUGAUGCCCCGAGGUAUUUUGAAUUGGGGAGGGAGGAGUUGCAGCAUGAGGCUCAGCAGGCGGAGUUCUGGUUUGAAACAGCCGGGAACUACGCUCCUUCUCCUUUGCUAGUCAAGAUAAGUUUUGGCAAGAAAGGAAAGCAGGAGAACAUAGAUGCAAAUUUUAAUAUCAGGGAUGUGCAUUCUCUUGAUGCUCAAAUGUGUGUGUAUGCUUGCCCUGAUUCGUCUCUUUGUGGAAGCUUAGCAGGACGUGCAUAUGAUACUUGCCCACUAAAAGAUCUUCCAAAUGAUAAUCAACACGCUGCUUUGGACGGGACAGUUUCUAGUAAUCCAUGUUUUAUGAAGCCAACUACAAGCCAAUUGGCUACACAAAAUUUAGUGCCGAGGAGUGCUGGCUGGUCGGUGUUUCAGAGGCCAGUAACCGCACAAAGUCGAAGCUCUGAAGACCCAAUACAUGGUUUGCUUCAUGCUGACAAAAGGCAAAAAUUAGCUGAAGGUCAUGCAUGCAAGGUUGUUGGCCACAAUGCAACAAAGUGAUCUAUUGCACAAGAGUUCAAAUAAGGAGUGUUUUGUUAAUUGCAAUUCUCACCUUGCAAAGAUGAGACUAACAAUUCCUAAAGAACCUGUCCUGGAAACAGCCCGGCGGGCAAAAAACUUUAGAGCUCACAGAACUGAUAACUCAGAUUGUAAGAAGCCAGCACAUCUACAUUCAAAGCUCUUCCAUUGAACAGAAAAAUUCUAGAAGCUCCCUCAUUGUCUUUUCCCCAGAAGAGCACGCCAAAGUUGCCUAUAUUUCAGGAGUUCAAAUUGAAGACAUCUGAGAGAGCUAUGCUGCGUUCACUGGCUACUAGAACAUCAUUGGCACGUUACAUAAACUCAAAUUUUAGGAUUUUAACCAAAUAGUUCUUAUUACUCAUAAUGCAUAUCACCAGACAGCCAUAUGCAUGCACUAGUAAACUCGUUUUGUAUUAAUAAUUGGGAAAUUUACAUACAUA